GGCCGGAGUUGGCUGGAGCUGUUGCCAUGACAAGCGUUUUCUUAAGAAAGCUCUGCUGUUGAGACCGUCCAAAGCUGGGGGUUGGGAGGGGGGCACGAACUUCCCGAGGGAACCGUCCCUCCGAAGAGCGCAAGAUCAGAGACACCCGCCCAGCUCCCCUGCACCCAUUUUCUUUCAGGAACCUGAGAGGUCCUUCCCACUGGAAGGGCCGGGGGAGGAGACCCAGCCCACUCCCCGGCCCUAGCUGGAGAGGCUAGAGAGCAAAGCCAGCAUCUCUAGCGUGGUUGCCACACUGGGGAGACCGGUGGCUGGUCACCCCACCCUACCCCCCGUCCAUGGAAACCUGGAGGGAGAGUCCCGCUUGGAGAAGACUGGAUCUUUGCUAGAAAGAGAGAGGCCCAGUGUCAUCGGUAUCCAGGGAGCCUUCCUCUUCCUCCUCCUCCUUCUGCAGCCUCUCUACUACCCCAGUUGCUGGUUGUUGCUAAGGUUGCCUCCAUGGUAACAUGCACAUCCUGUUUACACCUUCAUCUGGGCAAGUCGGUCUAAGCUAGGAACCUACCUACCCUGGACAACCACUUCCAUCACCACCUGGGGACCCCAAUCAUCGUGACACGAAGUCCGGCUUCCAUUCCGUUCCCCCAUCCUCUUCCUCCUCUCACUACCACGCGUCAUACAGAAGAAAGAAUCUAGGCUUGGGAUUGCUACUCUGAAGCUUAUUGCACGAAAUAUAGUUGAUCUAUUUCCUAAAACUGGGCCCCCAGAGAAACAAGAAGUAGGAAAAAGUGGGAACAGGAAAGCAGGAGACGCUGACCAGUUGAAAGGAAACUCCAAAUCCUCUCUGGUUGAGGGUCUUGGUAACAGCAGGCAAAAUGACGAACCCAUCAGAACAUUCCUUGCCCGCCAACUCGAUGGCCGAGAGCCGUGAAGGGGAUUUUGGCUGCACAGUAAUGGAACUGAGGAAGCUCAUGGAGCUGCGUUCGAGUGAUGCCCUGACCGAGAUCAAUGUCCGCUAUGGAGGUGUACAUAAUCUCUGCAGUAGACUGAAAACCUCCCCUGUGGAAGGUCUAUCUGGGAACCCUGCAGAUCUGGAGAAACGUAGGCAAGUGUUUGGACAGAACCUGAUCCCCCCCAAAAAGCCCAAGACCUUCUUAGAAUUAGUGUGGGAAGCCCUUCAAGAUGUCACACUCAUCAUCCUGGAGAUCGCAGCCAUCAUCUCCCUGGUCCUGUCCUUCUAUCGCCCCCCUGGUGAAGGAAGUGAACGGUGUGCUCAAGACAUAAGUAACCCAGAAGAUGAGGGGGAAGCAGAAACUGGCUGGAUCGAGGGGGCAGCCAUCCUGUUCUCAGUGAUCAUCGUGGUGUUAGUGACUGCCUUUAAUGAUUGGAGCAAAGAGAAGCAAUUCCGGGGGCUGCAGAGCCGCAUUGAACAGGAGCAGAAAUUCUCCAUUAUCCGAAAUGGCCAGCUCAUCCAGCUCCCGGUGGCUGAGAUUGUGGUGGGUGAUAUUGCCCAAAUCAAAUACGGUGACCUGCUGCCUGCAGAUGGGGUCCUGAUCCAGGGGAAUGAUCUGAAGAUUGACGAGAGCUCUCUGACAGGGGAAUCAGACCAUGUCAAGAAGUCCCUGGAGAAAGACCCCAUGUUGCUCUCAGGGACCCAUGUCAUGGAAGGUUCUGGCCGGAUGGUAGUGACUGCUGUGGGUGUGAACUCCCAGACCGGAAUCAUUUUUACCCUCUUGGGGGCCAGUGAGGAUGAGGAGGAGGAGAAAAAGAAGAAAGGUAAAAAACAAGGAGUCCCUGAAAAUCGCAACAAAGCUAAGACCCAGGAUGGAGUGGCCCUGGAAAUCCAGCCACUCAACAGCCAGGAGGGGAUCGACAAUGAGGAAAAGGAGAAGAAGGCAGUCAAGUUGCCCAAAAAGGAGAAGUCGGUGCUGCAGGGCAAGCUGACGCGCUUGGCUGUUCAGAUUGGGAAAGCCGGUCUCAUCAUGUCUGCCAUCACAGUCCUCAUCCUGAUUCUGUACUUUGUGAUUGACAACUUCGCUAUACAAGGCAGAACAUGGCUACCCGAGUGUACUCCCAUCUACAUCCAGUACUUUGUCAAGUUCUUCAUCAUUGGCGUCACUGUACUGGUGGUGGCUGUGCCGGAGGGGCUGCCACUGGCUGUCACCAUCUCACUGGCCUACUCUGUGAAGAAAAUGAUGAAAGACAAUAACCUGGUGCGGCACUUGGAUGCCUGUGAGACAAUGGGCAAUGCCACAGCCAUCUGCUCUGAUAAGACAGGCACAUUGACCAUGAACCGCAUGACUGUAGUACAAGUGUUUAUGGGGGGCACCCGUUACCAUCAGGUCCCCAGUCCUGAUGUCUUCCCACCUAAGGUCCUGGACCUUAUUGUCAAUGGCAUUUCUAUCAACAGUGCUUAUACCUCCAAGGUUCUGCCUCCGGAGAAGGAGGGGGGCCUGCCGCGGCAGGUGGGCAACAAGACCGAGUGUGCUCUGCUGGGCUUUGUCACAGAACUGAAGCAGGAUUACCAGGCGGUGCGCAACGAGGUCCCUGAGGAGAAGCUCUACAAGGUGUACACCUUCAACUCGGUGCGCAAGUCCAUGAGCACCGUCAUCAGGAAGCCCAGCGGAGGCUUCCGCAUGUACAGCAAGGGCGCCUCCGAGAUCAUCUUGCGCAAGUGUAAUCGAAUCCUGGACAACAAAGGGGAUGUCAUGCCAUUCAAGAAUAAAGACCGAGAUGAUAUGGUACGCACUGUCAUCGAGCCCAUGGCCUGUGAGGGACUUCGGACUAUCUGCAUAGCUUACCGGGACUUUGAUGACACAGAGCCCUCGUGGGACAAUGAGAGUGAAAUCCUCACUGAACUGACCUGCAUUGCAGUGGUGGGCAUUGAGGACCCUGUGCGCCCAGAGGUACCGGAAGCUAUUGCCAAAUGCAAACGAGCUGGCAUUACUGUCAGAAUGGUGACAGGUGACAACGUCAACACAGCCCGGGCCAUUGCCACCAAAUGUGGCAUUCUGACACCUGGAGAUGACUUCCUGUGCUUAGAAGGCAAAGAAUUCAACCGACUCAUCCGCAACGAGAAGGGCGAGGUAGAGCAAGAAAAGCUGGACAAGAUCUGGCCUAAGCUUCGGGUCCUGGCGCGAUCUUCUCCCACUGACAAGCACACACUGGUGAAAGGCAUCAUUGACAGCACUAUUGGGGAACAGCGACAGGUGGUAGCUGUCACUGGUGAUGGCACAAAUGAUGGGCCUGCUCUGAAGAAAGCAGAUGUUGGCUUUGCCAUGGGUAUUGCAGGCACGGAUGUAGCAAAGGAGGCAUCAGACAUCAUUCUAACGGACGACAACUUCACCAGCAUCGUGAAGGCAGUGAUGUGGGGACGAAACGUCUAUGACAGCAUCUCCAAGUUCCUGCAGUUCCAGCUCACUGUCAAUGUGGUGGCUGUGAUCGUGGCUUUCACUGGAGCCUGUAUCACUCAGGAUUCCCCAUUGAAGGCUGUGCAGAUGUUGUGGGUUAAUCUAAUCAUGGACACUUUUGCUUCACUGGCCCUGGCCACCGAGCCCCCUACGAAUUCUCUGUUGAAGCGUCGCCCCUAUGGCCGAAAUAAGCCCCUGAUCUCACGUACUAUGAUGAAGAACAUCUUGGGCCACUCGGUCUAUCAGCUCACUGUCAUCUUUUUCCUUGUCUUUGCCGGUGAGAAAUUCUUCGACAUUGAUAGUGGGAGGAAGGUACCUCUACAUUCACCACCCAGCCAGCACUAUACCAUUGUUUUCAACACCUUCGUGCUGAUGCAGCUCUUCAAUGAAAUUAACUCCCGAAAGAUCCAUGGAGAGAGGAAUGUCUUUGCAGGCAUCUACCAGAACCUCAUCUUCUGCUCUGUAGUCUUGGGCACAUUUGUCGGCCAGGUUCUCAUUGUGGAAUUUGGGGGAACACCCUUCAGUUGUACAAAACUCAGCCUGUCCCAGUGGUUGUGGUGUCUCUUCAUUGGCAUUGGAGAACUUCUGUGGGGCCAGGUAAUCUCUGCAAUACCCACCCAAUCCCUGAAGUUCCUGAAGGAGGCUGGGCAUGGCACCACCAAAGAGGAGAUCACCAAGGAUGCCGAGGGCCUGGAUGAGAUUGACCAUGCAGAAAUGGAGCUGCGCCGAGGCCAGAUCCUCUGGUUCCGGGGCCUGAACCGUAUCCAGACUCAGAUCGACGUAAUUAACACAUUCCAGACGGGAGCCUCUUUUAAGGGAGUCCUAAGGCGACAGAACAUGGGUCACCACCAUGAUGUAAAACUUGCUCCUAGCUCGUCCUAUAUCAAAGUGGUCAAAGCAUUCCAUAGUUCCCUCCACGAAAGCAUUCAGAAACCCGGGAACCAAAACUCCAUCCACAACUUCAUGACCCACCCUGAGUUCUUCAUAGAUGAGGAGUUGCCACCACGAACACCACUCCUGGACGAGCAAGAGGAAGGAAACCUUGACAAGGUUUUUAAGUCUGGGGGUAAGGUGCUCCCGUCAGAUGAUGAGGUCACUCCAUAUGCCAACAAAAACAACAAUGCAGUGGAGCACAGCCAGGUGCAAAUCGUGGCCUCCCGCUCGGACAGCCCUGUGCACAGCCUGGAGACGUCGGUUUGAACUUUCAUUCUCGGACUCCCAUAUCUGCUUUCCCUGUUUUCUUUUUUAUCUAUUCCGUCUGUGAGGUGAUGAUGGGACUUUUCACUUUCAUGUCAGCUGCUCC